CGCGACCUUCGCCACACGUGUUCGAGCACUUCGUCGAAGAUGCACGCUGUCACCAUGCGCGCGAACGCGUCCACCCUCGCCUCCGGCGCCGUCCCCGCGAAGAUCGGCUCCCGCCAGGCCGUCCGCGGCAAGGCCGUCUUCACCGCGCGCAAGGCUCGCGCUUCCGCGAAGGUCGCUCGCACCACGAAGGCUGUCGCGACCGAGACCACCACGACCACGACGACGGCGGGCAAGGUCGUCGAUGACAGCACGGACAACGUCCUCGCGAUCAUCCUCGGCGGUGGCGCGGGCACGCGCCUCUACCCGCUCACGAAGAAGCGCGCGAAGCCCGCGGUCCCCCUCGGCGCGAACUACCGCCUCAUCGACAUCCCGGUCUCGAACUGCAUCAACUCUGAUAUUAACAAGAUGUACUGCCUCACGCAGUUCAACUCCGCGUCGCUCAACCGCCACCUCUCCCAGGCGUACAACAGCAACGUCGGCUCCGGCCUCCGCCAGGGUUUUGUCGAGGUUCUCGCCGCGCAGCAGUCCCCGAAGAGCAAGGUUUGGUUCCAAGGCACCGCGGACGCGGUGCGCCAGUACAUGUGGCUCUUCAACGAGUCCAAGUGCGAAGAGUACAUCAUCCUCUCCGGCGAUCACCUCUACCGCAUGGACUACAAACCCUUCAUCCUGGAGCACCGCAAAACAGGAGCGGACAUCACCGUGUCCGCCGUCCCCAUGGAUGCCGCGCGCGCGGAGGCUUUCGGUCUCAUGAAGAUCGACGACUCCGGGCGCAUCAUCGAUUUCGCGGAGAAGCCGAAGGGCAAGGAGCUCGAGGCGAUGGCGGUCGACACCACCAUCCUUGGCCUUGACAAGAAACUCGCGAAGGAGAUGCCGUACAUCGCGUCCAUGGGCAUCUACGUGUUCAAGGCGUCCGCCAUGGAUGAACUCCUCACCGAGAAGUUCCCCGACUGCCACGACUUCGGCGGCGAGAUCAUCCCGAAGGCUAACGAGCUGGGCAAGCACGUGCAAGCGUUCUUGUACAAAGGGUACUGGGAGGAUAUCGGGACCAUCGAGGCGUUCUACAACGCGAACCUCCAAUGCAACGACCCGGAUGCGCCCAAGUUCUCUUUCUACGAGAGCGGCUCCCCCAUCUACACCCAGUCCCGCUUCUUGCCCCCGAGCAAGCUGCUCGACGUCCAAGUCUCCAGGUCCACAAUUGGCGACGGCUGCUUCAUCAAGAAGUCCACCAUCAGCAACUCCAUGAUCGGCUUGCGCACGAGCAUCUCAGAGGGUUGCGUCAUCGAGGACUCUAUGAUCAUGGGUGCGGACUACUACGAGGAGACGCACGAGUGCGAGGAUCUCCCGGACUGCACCCCGAUCGGCAUCGGUGCGGGCACGGUGAUCCGCCGCGCCAUCGUGGACAAAAACGCGCGCAUCGGCAUGGACUGCCAGCUCAUCAACAAGGACAAUGUGCAGGAGGCGAACGAGGAGGAGAAGGGUUACAUCAUCAAGGAUGGCAUCAUCGUCAUCGUGAAGGAUUCCUACAUCCCCAACGGUACCAUCAUUUAAGCGAAACGCUCUUGCUUCGCCGAUGAAAGUUUUAGCUCGUCACAACAUAGAAAGAGACUCGGGGGACGACGCCCCGAUAAUAUUAAGUCCUGCGCCGUAGUUAACGCCUAGCUGGGAUUUAAGAACGCAUUUGAUUUGUACGGUACGUGUACUGUAAG